AUGCCCUUCUACCGAGUGACGAGCCACAAUCUUGACAGAACUUCCUUACCACUGAUCUUCUGGGUCCUUUGGAACCAAGAAUUCGGAUGGUCGUACGGCCAGCUCAACAACGCUAACGCCCUCAACUAUGUCGGAACCACUGUUGGCUGUAUCCUCUUUAUCCCCCCGGCGGUGAAGUACGGACGUCGAUCGAUGUACCUGCUUACGACGGCCAUCAUCUUUGCCAUGGCUAUCUGGUCGGCGCGUAUGAAGACACUGACAGAACUAUAUAUAUCCCAGUUGAUAUUUGGACUGGCUAGUGCGACCAACGAGAGUAUUGUUGAGAUGACGGUACGGAAAUCAUACAUUGCGAAGGAUCCCACUGACUGGUGCCAGAUUGCUGAUUUGUAUUUCGUUCAUCAACGCGGUAGUGCGAAUGGCCUAUACAUGGUCAUGGUUAUGAUUGGUAGCUUUCUGAGCCCCGUGAUUGCAGGAUAUAUGGCCGCGAAUGGAAACUGGAGGCUCUGCUAUUGGAUCACCACAGCAGUCGAUGGUGCCCUCCUACUGUACUUCUGUUUCUUCUUCGAAGAGAGCAAGUAUAUACCCCGUCUCGAAGCUCAGCAACUGUCCUCCGAAGUUCCAACUUCUUUCCCGGUUUCGAAAAAGGACAACAUCUCGGAGAUACAGCCAGGUGAAAUGAGCACGUGCGUCACUUUGGAAACAUCGAAUGCCCCGUUACAUCGAAUCAACUCUGAUAUACCGCUUCUUACAUGGCGUCAACGCAUGCGCCUUGUCACAAGAACCGACGAAAGCCUACUUGGCAUUGUCCGGACAGCUGUCGUUAUCUUGUUUCGCUUCCCAGCUGUCAUGUACACAGCCCUUACAUAUGCCUUUUGCCUCUGUUGGAUUUCCGCUCAGGCAUCGAUCAUCUCAAUCGUUUUCACACAGCCGCCGUAUAACUUCGGCACCGUCGGGGUUGGAAACAUGAGUUUGGGAGUCUUUAUCGGCUGUAUUCUGGGAUCGGCCUACGGCGCAGUUUCCGAUCGAGUUAUUCUUUGGUUCACAAGAAAGAACUAUGGAUAUUACGAACCGGAAAUGCGUCUCCAGCUGAACCACUUCCCAGCAGUUUGUAUGAGUGGUGGCUUUGUCAUGUUCGGUAUCACUACAGCAAAGCAACAGGGCAUGCAUUGGAUAUACCCAAGCAUUGGUAGCGCAAUCUUCGGUUUUGGUCUUGGUGGUCUGAGCGAUGUUGCGCUUUGCGUGACUAUAGAUAGCUACCAAGCGAUCACUGGCGAAGCAUUCAUCGGCGUCGCCUUUAUGCGUAAUGCCUUCAGCAUCGCAAUUUCGUUCGCGCUCGUUCCAUGGCUCGAUGCUCAAGGCCUGCAGAACAUGACAAUUGUCAUGGGGCUAUGGGCACUGGCUAUGGCUUUUCUUCAUGUACCAAUGAUGAUCUGGGGCAAAAGAAUCCGUGAGAAGACUGAGGCGAGUUACAAGAGGAUGGCGACAGGGACUAGAGUGUAA